UCUCCUUUUCCUUGUUCUCUCUCGCUCUCUUCCGAUUAAGUAUAUCCCGAGCACACACGUCGUCCCGGGGGCACAGGGCCGUCCCCUCGGAAAAGCCGUCAUGGCGCAACCAUCGUCAGAACCGUACAGCACACUCGAGGUCUCCAGGCGAGAUCCAGAAACUUUCCAGAAGGAGGCAGUAGCAUAUCCCGACCACAGUUAUCCGCAAGCUGUACCGGUCGAGCACGUGGCCGCGGGUGCCACGCAUUCAUAUUACAGUCCCGAGACGGACAAACAGGUCGUCGGCCAGCCACCACAGCUAUAUCCCCCUCCGGUCGGCGUGCUGCCGCCGGCCUACAAGGGAUCGGAGUAUGCGGGUGCCGUGGCGUACACGAUCGGAGGUGCCGGGUACUACGCAAAUGGGGCGCCAGCAUAUCCCGACAGCUCGGCGUACCCCCCGAGUAGCGUCGGAACCAUGAGCACAGCGGCAUACACGACUCCGUUAUCUCCCCUGCCCCCGCAGAAUAUGAGCGACCAAUACCUCCCCGGUGAGGGGGAGAAGCCGGCAAGGGCGGCAACGAUAUGCGGCCUCCGGAGAAAGACCUUCUGGAUAAUCCUAUUAAUCGUAGUGUUGGUGAUCGUGGCGCUAAUAGCAGGAGUGGCGGGGGGCCUGGCUAGCAGAGGUCGCGACCAGUCGAUAUCAAAUUCUGCGAAUUCGGUAGGGUCGUCGGGGGAUACCAAUGGCAGCGACAACAAUAACAACGGGUCAUCGGCCGAUCCGGGGUCGUCAGGCGCGACGAGCAGCGGCGAGAAGCUCAUCCUCGGCAACUCGAAGCUGACGGCGUCGAACUGGACGGACGCGAGCGGGGUGGUGCAUCGGACGGUCUUCUUCCAGGACGCGCACAACGCCAUCAUCGCGCGGCGUUGGGACUCGCAGGGCAAGUCGUGGAAGACGAACAACCUCACCCAGCUGAUGGCGGCCACCACGACGCCGCUCAACCCGCUGCCGGGCACGCCGCUGACGAGCGCGUCGAUGGACCUCGACCCCGUGUACGAGACGCACGUCUGGUUCCUCAACCCACGCAACAUCAUGCAGUCGAUGGCCUCGUUCGACGCGCUCAAGCGGCCGGACAGCUGGGAGAACGACACGAUGGACGGUGCCGUGCUCGAGACGUGGCCCGGGAGCCAGCUCUCGGGCAUGUGGCAGCGUUGCGGGGACCGCGACUGCAACGGCACCUGGAUAGUCGCGUACCAGCGGCCCGAAGGCGCCAUCAAGACGGCCAACUCGAGCACGUGGCCCACGUCGACUGUCGCCGUCGAGUCCAAGGACGUCGCCGCCAACUCGAGCAUGGCCGUGAUCCCGAAGCUGCGCGGCCCCUUCCUCGACCGCCUCGAGCUCGUCUCCGAGACCAUCCGGUCCGGCGACGGAGUUAUGCGGAUGACCUCGUACGACGACACGUGGAACGAGGCCGACACUAGAGUCACUGAACUCCUCACCGACAUCCCGGUACCAGCGCCGACGCAACAGUUCGCGGCGACGAAGUGGGACAACUGGAGACAAGGGUUGUACAUCGCGCUGCUGCAGGGCGGGAACAUACUCGGCCGGCACUUUGACGGCCAGAAGAUGAAUAGCAUCUCCAACUUCCAGUUCCUGCCGGGCCCGCGGCCCGACUUCACAGCCAUCGCCAUGUCGCCCGACGCCAUGUUCUACGGCAUCGCCAACGACGAGGUCCUCGAGUACCGUCUCGACCAGUCCGACCCCUCCAAGUUCAACUUCGUCGGCAGGGUCUUUCCUUGAUCCUGCCAGCAGCCACCCUACACGACCUUCUUCUACUCCUCCACCUAUCAUUCUUACUAUCAUGUACCCUUUUUAUUUUAUCUAAGAACCUAACGGCCCAAACACACACAGGGAGAAAGAGAGACAGAUAUCGGGGGGUUCAGAGGGAAAAAGGGAUGUUAUCCUUCCUCCCUAACCUUCGUUGGCGAGUGG